CGGGUGUCGAACCUGAAAAAAGAUCGCUAAUCUGUCAAAAUAUAGGUUACCGGUGGUGAUUGUGUUGUGAAAUAAUUGUUUUUGUGAUUUUUCAACAAAAACACUUUAAAGCCUUAUCGAGAUCAUGCCACCUAAAAAGGUACAAGAACCGGAGAGAAAGCCGCUCAUAGGGAGGGUAGGCACCAAUUUGAGGGUCGGCAUCGUCGGAAUACCCAAUGUUGGCAAAUCGACCUUCUUUAAUGUGCUCACCAAGAGCUCGGCCGCCGCCGAAAACUUCCCCUUCUGCACCAUCGACCCCAAUGAAAGUAGGGUCCCCGUGCCUGAUGAGCGAUUCGACUACCUCUGCGAGUACUUCAAGCCUGUGAGUAAAGUGCCAGCGUUUUUGAACAUUGUGGAUAUCGCCGGAUUGGUCAAGGGGGCUUCCGAAGGCCAGGGAUUGGGCAAUGCCUUUUUGAGUCACAUCAGUGCGUGCGAUGCCAUUUUUCACUUGUGUCGGGCGUUUGAGGAUGAUGAUGUUACGCAUGUCGAAGGUGAGGUUAAUCCCGUCAGGGAUUUGGAUAUUAUAGCCGAGGAAUUGAGGCUCAAGGAUGAAGAUACGCUUUUGAAGAAUAUGGAAAAGUUGGAACGGACUGUUCUUAGAGGAGGUGAUAAGAAAUUGAAGCCGGAAUAUGAUACUCUAGUUAAGAUACAAGGAGUGCUGUGUGGGGAGAAGAAACAUAUAAGAUUCGGCGAUUGGGAUGCUAAAGAUAUCGAGGUGUUGAACAAAUACUUAUUCCUGACCUCAAAGCCGACGAUAUACCUGGUGAACCUUUCCGAAAAGGACUACAUCAAGAAAAAGAACAAAUGGUUGAUAAAGAUCAAAGAAUGGGUUGACAAAAACGAUCCCGGCUCGCUAAUUAUCCCAUUUUCGGGCGCUUUCGAGCACAAACUCGUCGAAGAAUAUCCUGAAGCGGCUGAAAGAAAAAAAUACUUGGAGGAAUUGAAUACAACCAGCGCUUUGGAUAAAAUCAUCGUUCAAGGCUACAAAGCCCUCCAAUUGGAGUACUUUUUCACCGCCGGUCCUGACGAAGUCAAAGCUUGGACGAUUCAGAAAGGUACGAAGGCGCCGCAAGCGGCAGGUCGCAUCCAUACCGACUUCGAGAAAGGUUUCAUCAUGGCGGAAGUGAUGAAGUUUAGCGAUUUCAAGGAAGAGGGCUCUGAGGCGGCCUGCAAAGCGGCGGGAAAGUACCGACAACAAGGACGGAAUUAUGUGGUGGAGGAUGGAGAUAUAAUCUUCUUUAAAUUCAACGCCGGGGCUGGACUCAAGGACGCGAAGAAGAAAUGAUUGACGGUUGUGACCGUUUGUGUCAUGGUUUAUUUAUACAUCAACAUGAUUUUUUUCUACAACAGCUUGAAUUGCUGUGAAAAUAAAUAAUAAUCAGUC